CCGGAAGUUGUAUGUAGCCUGGGUGCAGAGUAUCAUGCCGCUCGAAAUUUGUUUAUAGAGUUUACAGAUCACAUGAGUUGUAUUAUCAAACGUUUUCGAAAGAACAACUUUCAAGCAUGGCAGCAAAACGCAAAGCAGAUGUCAUCGUUCCGGCGGAGGAGAGCGACCAACUCCUUAUAAGACCUCUUGGGGCCGGUCAAGAAGUCGGCAGAUCAUGUAUUAUUUUGGAAUUCAAGGGACGAAAGAUCAUGCUGGAUUGUGGCAUCCACCCUGGUUUGGAAGGCAUGGAUGCGCUCCCGUAUAUUGAUUUGAUUGAUCCAGCAGAGAUUGAUUUGCUUCUCAUCAGUCAUUUCCAUUUGGACCACUGUGGAGCUUUGCCCUGGUUCUUGCAGAAGACAAGUUUCAAAGGAAGGACCUUCAUGACCCAUGCAACCAAAGCCAUUUACCGCUGGUUGCUGUCAGAUUACGUCAAAGUCAGCAACAUCUCCGCUGAUGACAUGCUCUACACGGAGACUGACUUAGAGGAGAGCAUGGAUAAGAUUGAGACCAUCAACUUCCAUGAGGUGAAGGAAGUGGCUGGCAUUAAGUUCUGGUGCUACCAUGCUGGACAUGUGUUGGGAGCUGCCAUGUUCAUGAUUGAGAUUGCUGGUGUAAAGUUGCUGUACACAGGUGACUUCUCUCGUCAGGAGGACCGGCAUCUCAUGGCUGCUGAAAUCCCCAGUGUGAAGCCUGAUAUCCUCAUCACAGAAUCCACCUAUGGCACACACAUUCACGAAAAGAGGGAGGAGAGGGAGGCCCGGUUCUGCAACACGGUCCACGACAUUGUCAACAGAGAAGGCCGCUGCCUCAUCCCCGUCUUUGCCUUGGGGCGAGCCCAGGAGCUCUUGCUCAUUUUGGAUGAGUAUUGGCAGAACCAUCCAGAGCUGCAUGACAUCCCCAUCUACUACGCCUCCUCCCUGGCCAAGAAGUGCAUGGCUGUGUACCAGACCUACGUCAACGCCAUGAAUGACAAGAUCCGCAAGGCCAUUAACAUCAACAACCCCUUUGUCUUCAAACACAUCAGCAACCUGAAAAGCAUGGAUCACUUUGAUGACAUUGGGCCCAGUGUGGUGAUGGCCUCCCCUGGUAUGAUGCAGAGUGGCCUCUCCAGGGAGCUCUUUGAGAGCUGGUGCACCGACAAGCGGAACGGCGUCAUCAUCGCUGGUUACUGUGUGGAAGGAACACUGGCAAAGCACAUCAUGUCAGAGCCAGAGGAGAUCACCACCAUGUCGGGCCAGAAGCUCCAGCUCAAGAUGUCUGUGGACUACAUCUCCUUCUCCGCUCACACAGACUACCAGCAGACCAGCGAGUUCAUUCGGGCCCUCAAACCACCACACGUGAUUCUGGUCCACGGGGAACAGAACGAGAUGGCUCGUCUGAAAGCAGCUCUAAUCAGAGAGUAUGAAGAUAACGACGAGGUCCACAUCGAGGUGCACAACCCGCGAAACACAGAGGCCGUCACACUGAACUUCAGGGGGGAGAAACUGGCCAAGGUGAUGGGGUGCCUUGCUGAUAAGAAGUGUGCACAGGGCCAGCGAGUGUCUGGCAUUCUGGUGAAGCGCAACUUCAGCUACCACAUCCUUGCCCCAUCGGACCUGUCCAACUACACAGAACUGGCGAUGAGCACUGUGAAGCAGACCCAGGCCAUCCCCUUCACUGGACCCUACUCUCUCCUGGUCAACCAGCUACGACACCUGGCAGGAGACGUGGAGGAAGUUGACGCAUCGGAGAAGACCACACUCAAAGUGUUCAAGAACAUCACACUGUUGCACGAGGCUGGUAUGGUGACCCUGGAGUGGAUAGCCAACCCUUUGAAUGACAUGUAUGCUGAUGCAGUCACUACGGUAGUGCUGGAAGUCCAGUCCAACCCCAAAGCACAGAAAGUGAUGGAUAUGAAGCCGGACAUCGUGGACGUGGAGGAGUUCCAGAGGAGGCUGGAGAUUAUGUUCCAGGACAUGUUUGGAGAAGACUGUGUGGACUUCAAGGAUCCUAAGAACUUAUCAGUGACUGUUGAUGGGAAGACAGCCUAUAUUAAUCUUGAGAGUCGGACUGUAGAUUAUGAGGAGGGCAGUGCAGAUGAAGAAACCAUCAAGGAGAUGGUGGAGGUGGCUGUUCAGCGGCUCUACGAUGCCAUGAACCCGACGAUGUGAAAGGACCAUCUCACACACACACACAUUCUCCACUACUAACGCGAGGACCGGCUGGGCCCACCAAUGCACUUCACUGGGACUUUGUCGUAAUUGAGAGUGAAAGACCAUGUACGAGAGGAUGGCUACUAGCCACUUUCAUUUCAGUGUGUAGCCUACACGUGGCCAUUUAUGUCAGUUAAUUGAGCUUGAAGAAAACAAGCAGUUUCUUUAGCGAUGGUCAUGGUUGGAUGGUGCUCAAGUCCUCUUAAGAGGUAUUAAAAAAAAUAAAAAUAACGUGAAUGCACACGAGUGCUCUGAGAACAUAGCCUGGGAAUGCAGGGGCAAAUGAAAUUAAAUCAUUCCCAAUUCAUUUUUAAGAUGUUUUCCCCUUUCCUCUGUUUUGUAUUGUGCAGGUUUGCAAACACUGAAAUUGAUGAUUAUUUUGGUGUAAUAAAUAUUUCCAUGUUUUUGGAA